AUGGCUGGUAUCUCGAAAACGAUAGAGGCACUCGAAGGUUCCGAGUCUAUGGAUCUACCCGCUGCAGGCGUGAAGAGAUUUGAGCAUACGCCGUUAGAGGAACCUGUGCAUGGCUCGUACGAGAUAAGGGUGCUCACCUUGUUCAAAGGGCAUCAUGGCGACAGGAUACACAUCAAUCUCAAGAAGCAGACAUUCGCUGAAGGCUCGAAGCCAGAAGACAUAGCGCCUCUUGAGCGAUGGGAAGCUCUGUCAUACACCUGGGGCGAAGAGAAUCAACCACACUGCGAUAUAUUGGUGGGAACUGAGAGUGAGAUCACGACUCUCGAGAUUAGGGAGAACCUCCACGCAGCUUUGCAGCAGCUCCGAUAUACAGAUUCCGAUAGAAGGCUGUGGAUAGAUGCGAUAUGUAUGGACCAAAGCGACACGCAGCAGUCGAAGAUAGAGAAGGCCUGGCAAAUACCGAUCAUGCACGACAUUUACCACGCUGCAGCAAGCACCAUCAUCUGGCUGGGCGAAGCCUGUGAAGCUAGUGACCUCGCCAUAGACUUCUUGAAGGACCUCGGACGCUCAUUUGUCUUCGAUCCUAUCACAUAUGAGGCACGAGUGCAUGAAAGCGCUCCGAAACAUGUCACCCAGCUCCAUGCAGAUUGGCCCAACUUUGCCUGGCAUUCACCGCAGCACAGGAGCAUAUGUGCGUUAUUUGCCAGAAAUUGGUUCGGUCGAGUCUGGAUUCGUCAGGAAGCUUUUGCUGCAUCCGACUCUAGCUCCGUCAUGUGCGGAUCGAGCAUCAUACAACUGACAGAUUUUCGGAAUGCGGUACAAUACCUAGCAGUGCGAGGCCUGGACGUUCGAAGCCCCACCCACUCGGAUGAUCUUACUCGGCUAGGUCUUGUGUUGUCUGUAUUACAGCAAGCAUAUGCCAGUAUCUUCAAUAUCAUGGAUCGCAUUCGUGCUGGCGAGUGCGCGAGACCGCAAGACAAGAUCUACGGUUGUUUUGGAAUGAUCAAGAUUGCCAGUGGUCCACGAUUUACGUCGACUAUUCCAACUAAUUAUCCUCAUGAAUUGGACUUGUUCAAGACAUUCUUCUUGCGGUAUCUCGAACAGUUCAACACGACCAGAUUACUUCGUGACGCGGGGCUAUGCCAACGCUCCGAUCUUGGUGGCCCUUCGUGGGUCCCAGAUUGGCUUAAGGACUUUGCAAAACUGGAUCUAAGUUUGGAAUGUGCUGCAUCACAUGGUAUGCGAGCAGAAGCAGAGUUCAUGGGCUCUGGCAUUCUACGAGUGAAAGGGUGUUUCGCGGCCGAGAUCACCGAAGUCGAAUGUCUGCGACACGUCAGAGAAUUAUCGUCUGACAAUUUCAAUGAAGCAUAUGCAGAGCUGUCGCGUCUCAUGCGGAAACAUCUGGACGUGGGAGAUGAAGACCAGAUGCAGGGAUUCGUGAGGGCACUAACUUGCCCGCUGAAUGCGCUUCGCGUGCCACUCGAGCGCUUGCACGGCAAGAGAAGAGACAUCUAUGAGCUGGCGAAAGCGGCGAUGCAUCCAGAGAGGUUCCAGCAUGGUCUUGCCAGUCGACUGAAAGAACCCGGUUCUCUCAACGACUUUCAAAGUUGUAUACGCUUCUUCAUGCAGUAUCAGCUUCCUUUCGUGUUCACCGAGAACGGCAAAGUUGGAAUAGGUGCAGAUGGCACACAGUCAGGAGACCUGGUCGUUGCCUUACUUGGAAGCACAAACUUGUCGCUCUUGCGACCGACAGAAAGAGACCUGGUGUCGGGUGAACAACAUCAUCAGCUCGUUGGGUUUUGUUUCAUGCAUGGAUACAACUGGGGCGAGGCUUUGCUGGGUCCGCUGCCAGAAGGCGCCACUGCGGUGCCUCGUCUCAAUCCAGAGCGUGGGGUCUACAAUCCGCAUUACUUCGAUCCCAGCACCGGGCAAGCCAACUUUUGGGACCCUAGAAUCGAUUGGGAGCAAUUGACACCCAGAUCAGAUGAGCCAGCUUGGACUAUUAAUGCACCCCCUGGAGAACCGAGAAGGAAAGUGCCAGAUUCUGAAUACUUCCUGUCGCAGCACAAUGCCAAACUGGUCGAUAUUUACUUGGAGUAG